AUGGACGACUUCCAAACACCCCUUAAGGACGCCACCUGCGUGUCUCAAACCAAAACCCCCUCACCACCUCCACCCGCCAUCACAAAACGCCUGGCACGCCUAGAAAGACGGCGCCUCCGCCUCGCAAACUCCAUCCCGACCUCCAACGUCGACUCCACCCGCAAAACUAGCCUCUUACCCAGCUCCUACCAAUCCCCUGACAGCAUAGCCCAAGUAUCUCUUCCGGACCCACACUCCAGCCCUCCCCCCAAACCCCCCCGCUCCACGCGUAAGAGAGAAAAACGACAAGCCCGCACCUUAGCCCGCCUCUCCCACUUCCCCCAAAUCAGAGUCCAGCCGCCGACGCCGGACCCCACCGCCUCCGCAGCACGCCUCGCAUUCGAAACGCAGACGCUCGCUGCCUGGUGGGCGGACUUGUGCGCUGACGCCGACGUCGACGCUAUUGCGUUGAGGAACUCGUCUCUCCGCUACGGCCUUGCGAAGAACGUCAUCACCGACCACGAUGCUAGGGCUGCAGCGUUACACGCCGAGGAGUCAGGGGGGAUGGCUUUCUUUGCCGAUACGUCAACGGUGGCGAAGGGCAGGGCGGCGGGGGUGGCAGUGGCGUACGCUGUGAUGAGAGAUGGGAACUAG